AUGUUGCUGCACCGGCGCAUCUCGAUACGUAACAAGUCUGGCACGCCACACGCAUACUACCUCGUCCCUGCGGACCCUAGUCCCAAGACAUCAACCAACGGCCUCACAAGCACGACUUGUGUCUUCCAGGCAUCACUAAAAGUCGCCUCGCCAAAUGGAAGCGCCGUGUUCUCGGUCCCACGAAAUGUCCUUGCCGUGUGCGGCACGGCUCGCACCGACAUGAAACCUGGAGCGCAGCUUUUCGCGUCCGACUGGGCUGUGCCGAAGCUUGCCACGCCCAGGGACAAGGGAUCCAAUCUCGCUGUUGCGCUGGCGUCAGGAGAGGAGCCCUCAUUCAAACCCGAGUCGGAAGAGACGACCGUGGACGGUGACGGCCUCUGGGCCACGGAAAUCAUGACUGGGGGUACGGGAGGAAACCCGGGGACGCCCUUUGUGGGGUACGGCUUUCCCAACCCGCAUAACGCCAAUGAGGUCCUGCCCGCAGCCGUCUGGCAGGCGAGGCCAGGCGCGGCGUACACGUUUCACUGUGAGCAGAAGUGGCAUGUUGUGUCCGGGGUUGCAGAAGCACACGACGUUGCUUUCGGUGAAGAGGUAGGCAAGGGCCAUCUUGUCACGUUCGAGGACACGCAGGCAAGCGAAGCCGAGGUCAUCCACGACACCCAGAACGGCUUUACGGUUCGAUAUUUAUGA